AUGAAUCUGUGUAUGUUUUCCACACACUAUUUGUUUUCGAUAUUGUUAUAUAUGAUUGUGAUGUCAGGCAUGUUGACAGUGCUUGCAAAAAAUGGCAAAGACAAAAAGAAUGAGAUACAAGUACCUAAAGAAGUGGUUGUUGUGGGUGGAGGAAUGGCAGGCAUGGCUGCAGCUAGGAGACUUGUGAAGUCUAAAACUGUCAAUGUACAUGUUUAUGAGGCCAGAAAGGAUCGUUAUGGCGGUCGAAUCUGGACCAAUCGUGAUCUUGCACGUGGCGUGAGAGGUGUUGAUGUAGACAUCGGAGGAAUGUUCUUGAAUAAUAAAGCUAAAAACAACCCGCUGGUAAAGCUUGCUGAAGAAUUUGAAUUAGAAACUAGGAACGCUGGUUCACUUCAAGUAAGAAUUUUCGAUGGCAAAGACAGAAAGAUGUACUCUGGUGUUAACGCUACAGAUCUGUACAGAGAAGCAUUCCAAAUUAUCAUAAAAGCUAUGCAGAAUGUGCAUUAUAAAUCCGACAUUUCCAUGAGUCGAUUAGCCUCAGAAGCUAUACAGAUGGCUUACGAACAAUCAGACGAGGCAAAAACUGCUCCUUUGUUUCCUAGGGAAAUUCUUGAGCCACUUAUUAGGUCGUUUCCAACAGUGAUGCUGCAGAAUUUUUCAUCCAAAUUCUAUGAUAUUCAAACAGACUUUGGCUGGGAUACAAUCAUUGUUGAUGGCAUUGGAGCCCUUUUGGACCGCAUAGUGAGCGGAAGUUCUGGCUUGGAGCCUCCACUUAAGGUACAACUCAACAAAGUCCUGAGAAACAUUCAAGUAGAUGAUAAAAGAAAGAAAGUGAUUAUAAGAACAACAGACAAGAAGCAAGUGCUGGCAGAUGCAGUGGUUAUAGCUUUACCAUUAGGAGUUCUGAAGUCGGAUGCACUAUGGUUUGAACCUCGUCUUCCAGAAAAGCUUACCAAAGCUUUAGAUGAGAUUGGAAUUGGUUAUUCAGGGAAGAUAAUCGUAGGAUUUGAUGAAGCAUUCUGGCCUCAAGAAGUUGGAACAUUCACAGCUUGCUCAGACACUGCUAAAAAUGGUUUCCUACAGACUUGGUUUAAUGCAUACAGACUUAGUGGUAACCCGUAUCUUCACGGCAAUAUCUUAGGUGACGAAGCCAAGGUUUGGGAAACCAAACCAGAAACUGAGCUCAAAGCUGCUGUGUUAAAAGUCUUAGGAGAAAUGUUUGGUGAGGACAUAGUGAAUGCACGAAAGGUAACUUCAUUUGUGGUCUCCGAAUGGUCCACGGAUGAAUUUGUCCAAGGCUCCGUAUCCUAUGCAAAAGUUGGAAACACAAGAGACAUUUGGCAAACACUUCAAGAGCCUGUGUGUCCAUAUAUAUAUUUUGCUGGGGCAUAUACAGAGUCGAUUGGUCACGUGGAUUCACUACAUGGUGCAUACAAUUCUGGUAUCAGAGCUGCAGAACAGAUUCUAGACAAUUUCUGCACAAAACAAGCAAAGUCCAAGUCCAAAAAGCAGCCUGCUAAGAAGCCAAAUGUUAUUAAACAUAAUGUCACAAUGAGAAAAGAUGAACUUUAAACAAUAAUAAUUGGAAACAAUAUUUGCAAUGUUACUUGAAUAGUUGUGUAUUUACAUGUUGGUGCGAAGAUUUUUGACAUGUAUAGGUACAUGUUUCAUUAAGUUAAGGAAUUCCAAUUAUGACAGUAUCUUUUUUGAUGCAAGCAAAUUGCAAUUUUCUCAUUUGGAAUUUAAACAAAUAAUCUGAAAUUUCAGUAUUUUGACUUUAGUCUUUGUACCAUCUCAAUUUUCCAAGCAAGUUUUUUAUGCCCCCGGAUCAAAUGAUCGGGGGUAUAUUGUUUUUGGCCUGUCUGUCUGUCUGUCAUUGUAUGUGUCUGUCUGUCAUUGUUUGUGUCACAAACCUAACCUUGGUCAUAACUUUUGCAAUAUUGAAGAUAGCAUCUUGAUAUUUGGCAUGCAUGUGUAUCUCAUGGAGCUGCAUAUUUUGAGUGGUGAACGGUCAAGGAUUCUUUAAGGUGAAAGGUCAAUAAUAUUAAAAAAAAUCAAAGCGGUGCAGUAGGGGGCAUUGCGUUUCUGACAAACACAUAUCUUGUUUAGAAAAUAUAUUUACUGAAAGUCAUUUAGGUGUGUAAAAAUUUUAUUAUGUAUUUCUAUGCAGCACUCUUAUUAUUGAAAUGACAGUAUUUUGCUUGAUUUAUGUUGCCUUACAUUAUUGCAUUAAAACAUGGACGCCAUUUACAUGGAAAUCUAAUCUGCGAAACAUUUAUUUGUUACUAGACAUUUUUAACAUUUUCAGCCACUAGCAUCUAUACAGAUUAGUAAAGAUUAAUUUCUUGUUUAUAUCGUUGAGAUAUUUAGAAGUUUCAGUUUCAAGUUUAUUAUGCCCCCUUCGAAGGGGGCAUGUUUUGCACAUGUUAAAUGGUUUUUGGAUGAAACUUCAUAGGUACAUUGAUCAUGACUAGCAGAUGACCCCUAUUGAUUUUCAGGUCACUAGGUCAAAGGUCAAGGUCACAGUGACUUGAAACAAUAAAAUGGCUUCCGGAUAAUUACUCACAAAUGCGUAGGGUUCGGAUCAGGAAAGUUCACGGGGACAUUGGUCAGGACUCUAGGUCCAAGUUGAAGGUCACAGUGACCUGAAGCCACUACAACUGACAGCCCAUUUGGGGGGCAUGCGUGUUUUACAAACAGCCCUUGUUUCAUUUGUGUGUGAAAUAAACAUUUUUUUUGUUUCUAACCAAAUGCAUUAACAACUUUAUACAUUUUCGAAUAUACAGAUACCCUCUUUAAUGUUAGUUUACUAAAAAAAUUGUUUUUAAAAUCUAUAAAUUGAAGGCAUUUAAUGACAAAAUCUCUGACCAAGUCUCUUAAAUCUCGAACAUGAUUUUCGUGAAAAUAAUAGAGUACCAAUAUCUUAAAUCUUUGGGAAACCAUGCUGAUUUUUGUUGGUUUCUAAUUAUUGUUUCUUUCUUUUUUAAUGAAUAAAAAGUAACAUCUA